AUGGCAUCCCUGCGGCCUGUCCAGACCUUGCCCUUGAUCCUGAUUCUGCUGGCUAUACUGGCCCCGGGGGCUGCAGAGUUCAACAUCUCAAGCCUCUCUGGUCUGCUGUCCCCAGCGCUAACGGAGAGCCUGCUAGUUGCUUUGCCCCCCUGUCACCUCACAGGAGGCAACGCCACACUGACUGUCCGAAGAGCCAAUGACAGCAAAGUGGAGAAGUCCAGUUUUAUAGUGCCUCCAUGCCGAGGGCGCAGGGAGCUGGUGAGCGUGGUGGACAGUGGGAAUGGCUUCACAGUCACACGGCUCCGUGCAUACCAGGUGACAAACCUCCUCCCAGGAACCAAAUACUAUAUUUCCUACCGAGUAGAGAAGGGGACAUCUACCGAGUCCAGCAGAGAGAUCCCAAUGUCCACGCUUCCUCGUAAGAAUAUGGAGUCCAUUGGUCUGGGAAUGGCCCGAACAGGGGGCAUGGUGGUCAUCACAGUGCUGCUGUCUGUGGCCAUGUUCCUGCUGGUAGUGGGUUUCAUCAUUGCCCUGGCUCUGGGCGCUCGAAAGUAA